UUUAAGCAAGCAAGUGAAGGCCUCUGAUUUCACAAAAACAUAUAGCUAGCUAGCUACUUCCAUUAAGUCAGCAAAAAUAUACAUACAUAUAACACAAAGAGAGGAAGGGAGAGUGUAUAGUCAGUCUAUAGAGAAGAGAUACAGAAAGUUGACGAGACAAAAAUGAAAUUGAGAGGAGAUUCCAUGUCUGAGGCUGAGGCUGUGGUGGAGGAUAUGUCUGUUGAUUGGAGAGGCAGACACUGCAAGCCUACCAAGCACGGUGGAAUGAAGGCCGCUGUUUUUGUCCUUGGUCUCCAAGGUUUUGAGAUGAUGGCAAUAGCUGCUGUUGGGAACAAUCUGAUUACCUAUGUAUUAAAUGAGAUGCACUUUUCACUGUCAAAGUCUGCGAAUAUUGUCACAAACUUUAUAGGGACAGUCUUCCUCCUCUCCCUCUUUGGUGGGUACCUCUCAGAUUCCUAUCUUGGGAGCUUCUGGACCAUGAUCAUCUUUGGCUUUGUAGAGUUGUCUGGUUUUAUAUUACUCUGUGUUCAAGCCCAUCUCCCAGAAUUAAGGCCACCCCCUUGCAAGAUUAUGUCCCAUGAGUACUGUCCUGAGGCAAAGGGGUACAAGGCUCUGAUAUUCUUUGCUGCAAUAUAUCUGGUGGCCUUAGGAAGUGGUUGUCUAAAACCAAACAUAAUCUCUCAUGGGGCUGACCAAUUCAGGAGGGAUGAUUCCAAGCAAUCCAAGAAGUUAUCUUCUUACUUCAAUUGUGCCUACUUCGCCUUCUGCAUCGGAGAACUUAUUGCAUUGACCGUUCUUGUUUGGGUCCAAACACACUCUGGAAUGGAUGUUGGCUUUGGAGUGUCUGCAGCUGCCAUGGCAAUGGGAUUAAUUUGCUUGACUUUCGGUACACCUCUCUACAGGAACAAGCCCCCUCGCGGAAGUAUUUUCACUCCAAUUGCUCAGGUCUUUGUUGCUGCGUUUACAAAGAGAAAGCAAAUCUGUCCUUCCAAUACAGAAAUGCUUCAUGGAAACCAAAACAAUGUGCCAAACCACCUCUUCGUUCCAAUGUCGCCUAACAUCAGCCCUCUCCUCCAUACUGAAAAGUUCAGAUUCCUAGACAAGGCAUGCAUCAAAAUUGAAGAUGGAACUCAGAGGAACGAAAGUCCCUGGAGAUUAUGCACCGUGGCUCAGGUGGAGCAAGUCAAAAUAAUCAUCUCUGUGGUGCCCAUUUUUGCUUGUACUAUCAUCUUCAACACCAUUUUAGCUCAACUCCAGACAUUCUCAGUCCAGCAAGCAACUGCCAUGAACACUAGGAUCACAAGAGGCUUCAAAAUUCCCCCAGCUUCUCUUCAAGCCAUCCCUUACAUUAUGCUCAUAUUUGUUGUCCCUCUCUAUGAAAUUGUCUUUGUACCUGCUGCUCGAAAACUCACUGGAAGGGACUCUGGGAUCUCGCCUUUGCAAAGAGUUGGCACUGGCCUCUUUAUUGCUACGUUUUCCAUGGUCUCGGCUGCACUGAUUGAACAAAAGAGAAGAAACUUGGCCUUGUCUUCGAACGAACCGCUUUCUAUCUUUUGGAUUGCUCCCCAGUUUCUCAUCUUUGGCCUGUCGGAGAUGUUCACCGCAGUGGGACUUAUAGAGUUCUUCUACAAGCAGUCAUUGGAGGGGAUGCAAUCCUUUCUAACUGCCAUGACAUACUGCUCAUACUCAUUUGGCUUCUAUUUGAGCUCAAUCCUUGUUUCUGUGGUGAACAAGCUCACCUCAACUUCUUCAAGGGGAGGCUGGCUUAGUGACAAUGAUCUCAACAGGGAUAGGCUAGACCGUUUCUAUUGGUUGCUUGCUGCCCUCAGCCUCAUCAACUUCUUCAAUUACCUUUUCUGGUCUAAUUGGUAUUCUUACAACCCGUCUUUAUCACUCCCUUCAUCACCAAAACAGUCCUACGGAAAAGACUUGGAAAACAAUAACUUCAACCCUUCAAAGCAUGUUGAAGCUCACAAUAUUAAAACUUGAAGCUCACCCCCUUCAUCUCUCUUAUAAUUUUUUCUUGACCUAGCUAGACCCCUCUCUUGCUUAUUAGUGCUCUUAGAUAUGUAAAAAAUUAAAAGGCAAAUCUCCUCAAGUAAAUGGUACCUCUAGAUAGAUACCCUUAAUUAGUGCAUGCUAGGUUGUUAAUAUAUAUAUAUAUA